GAGGUCAUCUUCCGUUCGGCAGUCGCUAGCAGGAGACGAAGUCAGACAACCGGGAGCGGUGCAUGAAACAUUAUUUUUCUGGUUGAGCAGUUGGGUUUUACACUGUAAAUUGCCACACAUGGCAGCAGAGGCAGCUCAGCAGGCUGAGGAAAGCGAUGGGAAAAACUGGGAUCCCGACAAACUUAUGCCAUGUCCUUAUGACAAAAACCAUCAAAUCCGAGCCUGCCGCUUUCCUUACCACCUUAUAAAGUGCAAAAAGAAUCAUCCCAAACUGGCCAGUGAGCUAAAGACUUGUCCUUAUAAUGCUCGCCACCUGGUCCACAAGCGUGAGCUGGCACGCCACACUGAGACCUGUGAGAACAGAAUGUGUGUUUACACUGAGGACGCUGGAAGCACAAAUGGAAAUUGGCACGUUCCAGUCAGUACCUGGGUAAACCCGAUUGUGAUUGAGGAUUGGGACAAAGAGGCCGACGAGUUUGCAGCGCCGUUCGUGUGGGGCGUCAACACACUCUUGGAUCAAAUUCAAGAGACGAGGCCUCCUAACAACCUUGGUCCAAGUUUCAGAGCCCCCAACACCCUCCCAUGGUCGGAUUAAAAGACCUAAUUUGUGUUUCCUGCAGAUCCAGACUGAAGCUCAAUGUAGGCCUAUUGUAUGAUUGCAUGUAUGGAUAUUUACUUUUGUACUAAUAAGUUUUUAAUUUCCACUACUGUUCUAAGUUGUUGGGAGCUCAUUUUAAGUCACUGGAUGCAGAAGGUUUUGUUGCGUAAAAUAUACACACUCAAGCAGCGUCAUUGUUUUCUGUGUUCUAUUGUCUUGCAUUCUUCGUUACCAAAACAGAUAGCACUGGUCAAAAAAUUGUGUGCUGCUUGUAGUAAACAUGUUUAUCUGAAGUAAUUUUGCGUAGCUGAAAAUGAAUAAUAAACUUGUCCACACGCUUUACAGCACGUGGCUUGAAAAUACUA